CAGGAGGAAGGAUUCAGCGCCGCUAACGGUAACGGGUGGCUGAGGGGCGGCGCGGCGGUUCUCCUUCGACGGUGUUGGUGAGGCAGCCAUAGGCGCAGCUGAUAAAAAGUCAUCGCGUACUUCAAAAACACAAAUACUCUCAGAGCCUGGAUUUCCUAAUAUCGGCAGACUCCGAUUUACAGCUCGGUCGCAAUGAGGCGAAGCUCAACCACUUCUGGGAGUAGCGGUCGGCAGUCUACGAUGGUGCUGAGAGUGCAGGACAGCAACAAGAUGGGUCUUCAAACGCCUCAAAUGAAGGACAGAGGAACGUUUGGAAAGCUGAGCAUGAGCAAAACUACGUCUGCAACUUCAGAAAGAAAAGUCAGCUUUUUUGGGAAGAGAACUAGUGGGGCUGGAGGUUCACGCAACAGUCAGUAUGGUAUGUUUGGUACAGAAAAGAUCAAGGAUCCCAGGCCACUUCAUGACAAGGCGUUCAUCCAACAGUGUAUCAAACAGCUUUGUGAGUUUCUUGUUGAGAAUGGUUACGCCCAUAAUGUCACCGUAAAAUCACUACAGUCUCCAUCUGUAAAAGACUUUGUAAAAAUCUUCACUUUUAUCUAUGGAUUUCUCUGCCCUUCCUAUGAAUUGCCUGACUCAAAAUUUGAAGAGGAAAUUCCCCGAGUUUUCAAAGAGCUUGGGUACCCUUUUCCUCUGUCAAAAAGCUCCAUGUACACAGUUGGAGCACCACACACCUGGCCUCAGAUUGUGGCAGCUUUGAUUUGGUUAACUGACUGUUUCAAGUUGUAUGCUGCCAUGAGGGAAAAUCCAUCUUCAUUUGACGAUGGGCAGAACUGGGGAGGAGAAACUGAUGAUGGAAUUGUACAUAACAAGCUUUUCAUGGACUACAUUGUAAAGUGCUAUGAGCACUUCAUGAAAGGGGGAGAUACUUACGAAGAAUUGGAUGCAGAAGUGCAGUCAAAAUUAAAGGAUAUAUUUAAUGUAGAUGAAUUCAAAAUAGAAGGCUUAGCAGCAGAAAACAAAAGACUUCAUGAAGAAAUUGCAAGACUAGAAAAAGAAAGGGAAAGCGAGCCGGAUCGUUUAGUAUCACUACGAAAGCUGAGAUCUUCUUUUCAAGCAGAUGUUCAGAAAUACCAGGCUUAUUUGGCUAAUCUGGAAUCUCACACAACCAUCCUUGAUCAGAAAAUGAAAGGUGUUAAUGAAGAAGUUGAGGCAGCAGAAAUGGAAGUAGAAGUGAUGAAGCAGGAGAAUGCACGGCUUCAGCAUAUCUUUGAUAACCAAAAGUACUCGGUUGCGGAUAUUGAGAGAAUAAAUCACGAGAGAAAUGAGUUGCAGCAAACCAUUAAUAAGCUAACUAAGGAACUCGAAGCAGAAGAACAUCAGCUGUGGAAUGAAGAGCUAAAAUAUGCUAGAAAUAAAGAGGCGAUUGAAACACAACUGGCAGAGUAUCAUAAACUGGCUCGAAAGCUGAAAUUAAUUCCAAUAAGUGCUGAGAAUUCUAAAGGGCAUGACUUUGAGAUUCAUUUUAAUCCCGAGGCAGGACCAAAUUGCCUAGUCAAAUACAGAACUCAAAUUAAGGCUCCUCUCAUGGAGAUUGUAAACCAAACUGAGGAAGAAAUUAGGAAAGCUGUUCAACGGAAAAUGAGUUUGGAGGACACUUUGGAACAGGUGAAUGCAAUGGUAGCGGAGAAGAAAAGCAGUGUGAAAACACUGAAAGAAGAAGCAGAAAAGCUGGAUGAUCUUUACCAUCAGAAGCUUAAGGUAGAAUUUUUCUAUAUUUUUAAUAACAGUUUUUUGAUAACGUUAUCCCUAAUGCUUGUAUUUAUAUGUAAGAAUUUGUUUUGCUUGUUUGCUUGAAACUUGCUGUCAGCUGUUGCAGAAAAUGGAAUCUUCUCUUAAGAUAGCACUCAUUUCUGAAAAGAAUAAAAGUCAGUUUCCACUUUCUCUUAACAUAAUCUGGUAUCAUACUUUCUCUGAGCCUGUAAAUCAUAAACUACUACAACCAGUUAUAAAAGUAGCCAUGUCCAUCUCCUGACUUCAGGAUGACUCAGUGCAUGUGUUUUAAACAGAUUCUACAGUAUCUGCCAUGUUUAUGCCUUGUAUGUAAUAAAUACAGUUUGUAAUAAACCUGUUACCACACUUAAAAAUUGAGGAAAGCAUUAUUUAACUAAUAGCACAUGAAAUACAUUAUUGAUGUAAAGUUGUUUACGUUUUUCUUCCUCUAGGAAGUUCUUUCACUCAGCAGUUACACUGCUUAGGUGGAUUGAUUUAAAUGAAAGCUUUCAAAAAUACAUGAAAUUUACCUUUCGAUCUAAGGAAUUGCAUACAUCUUUUUCUGAAGACAAGUUCAUAAAAUACUCAAUAGCAACUGGAGAUUUAAAAUAGAAUACAGUCAGUAAUUUCUCCUAUAAUUUUUCAAGUAAUAUUCAUAAGACUUUAUAAAUGCACAAUUAUUUUUUAAGGUUUCAGAAAUUCACCAGAAUUAAGUGUUUAAUGAUGGUGGAAUUUGGUUUCAUUUUGCUAAAUAUACUGUUAUCAAUGAUAUUCGCGUUGGGUGGGUCACAGAAUGGCUUAGAUUGAAAGUGACCUUAAACUCCCAUCCAGUUCUGACCCCCUGAAAUGAGCAGGAUUAGACCAAGCUGCCCAGGCCCUAUCCAGCCUGGCCUUGAAUGCUGCCAAGGGGUGGGGCAUCUAAAACUUUUCUGGGCAGCUUUUUCCAGAACCUCAUUAUGCUCCAAGUAACGAACUUCCUCCAAACAUUGAACAUAAAUCUCCCCUCUUGUAUGUUAAAACAAUUCCCCUGUCACUAUCAGACCGUGUAAAAAAAGUCAGUUCCCCUCCUGGUUAUAAGCUCCCUUAAAGUACCGGAAGGCCACAACGAAGUCUCCCUGGUGUCUUUGCUUUUGCAAGCUAAACGAGCCAAGCUCCCUCAACCUUUCUUCAUAAGAGAGGUGCUCCCUCUACUUUGAUCAUCUUUGUGAUCCUUCUCUAGUCCUGCUCCAAUAGCUCAGAUAGAUGAUAGCUCCAAAAGAUGAUUGCUUGCAUUUUCUAAACACAUUUCAAAAUCAAAAGUGAAGACUUCUCUUUUUUAGUCAAAAAUUAUUUUGUUGUUUCUGAUGUUUCAUUUAUAAACUAUUUAGAAAGUCCAUAAGUAAUCUCUUUUUAGAUUAAUUUUGAGGGGAAGAUAGCUUAACACACGGACCUAGAAAUAUUGUUAGAGAAAUAAGGGAAGGUUAGGUUGGCUUUGAGUAGAGGAAAAUGCAAAAAA